UGGGUAGCGGCACGGGGCCGACUACCCCUGCGCCCGCAGCGCUCUAUUUUUAGCAGGCGCUGUUGCAAUAUAAGGAAUGCGCUGCGAGGCAGGCGCUCCCGGCGCUCGCGGGCUACGCGGUCGCUUUAAGGAGGCGCCAGGGUGGGGACAGGCCAGAGAGACCGGCGGGCCGGCGGGCCAGAGCCGUCAGUCCGGCUGGAGCAUGGAGGAGGCGACUUGAGGGCCCGAGCCCAGCCGGGACUGGAGCGUGAGGUCUGACCCACCAGAAACAUGGCAACCAGCGCCGUCCCCAGUGACAACCUCCCCACGUACAAGCUGGUGGUGGUGGGGGAUGGGGGUGUGGGCAAGAGUGCCCUCACCAUCCAGUUUUUCCAGAAGAUCUUUGUGCCUGACUACGACCCCACCAUCGAAGACUCCUACCUGAAACACACAGAGAUUGACAAUCAGUGGGCCAUCUUGGACGUGCUGGACACGGCUGGGCAGGAGGAGUUCAGUGCCAUGCGGGAGCAGUACAUGCGCACAGGGGACGGCUUCCUCAUCGUCUACUCCGUCACGGACAAGGCCAGCUUCGAGCACGUGGACCGCUUCCACCAGCUCAUCCUGCGCGUCAAGGACAGGGAGUCAUUCCCCAUGAUCCUUGUGGCCAACAAGGUCGACUUGAUGCAUUUGAGGAAAAUCACCAGGGAGCAAGGAAAGGAAAUGGCGACCAAACACAAUAUUUCGUACAUAGAAACCAGUGCCAAGGACCCACCACUCAACGUGGACAAAGCCUUCCAUGACCUGGUCAGAGUGAUCAGGCAACAGAUUCCAGAAAAAAGCCAGAAGAAGAAGAAGAAGACCAAAUGGCGGGGAGACCGGGCCACUGGCACCCACAAACUUCAGUGUGUGAUAUUGUGAUGGGCCUGAGGCCCUGGGCACAGUGACCAUGCACUGGCCAGGCCUCGGGCCCCCUCUACUGCCUAACCUCACUGAAAACCAUUUCUAACCAUGACCCUUGAUCCAAGGACUUGGCACAGGAAGGGAGAGAGGGAGGGUGGGCGGGGAGGAGAUUGGGUUUGGCUUCACCAAAAGGGCACAGGCCUUCCUGUGUCUCACAAGACACAGGGAAGCACCACCACACAGAAGCAGCACCCGAGCCCCUCAUGCUGAUUCAGCCCGAUCCCUCCCACCUCUCGGUGGCUGUGCUCUGUUUUUGGACUACGUAGUGCUGGUUUGAGGUGGAAGCAUUUAUCCACCACGUACAGGGUGCAAAACAAGCCAUGACCCGACUCCCCCCUUGUCUCCAGUCCACGGUGUCUGAGAUUGGGUGUCUUUUGUAGAAUUUUAAAUUAUUUUAGUGAUUAUUAUUGUAUCAAGGGGGUCUGUGUCCACUGACUGGUGAAGUUUCAAGUCUUCAGCAGAUCUCUCUGACAACCUGUCUGGAAUAUUGUGGUUUUGUGUUUUGUUUUGUUUUGUUUUGUAACUGAGUUUUCCCAGCAGUGCCAAAACUCAGCUCAGUAUGAAAGUUCAGUGACCGCAAGACUGGAAGUAAACGGAGGCUGCAGCUGGAGGCCUCGGGGGAAGCAGACCCUGCUCAUGGCCUGUAAACUGGAGAGACUAGCCAGUCAGUUCCAAAGGGGCGUUGUUAUCCUGGAAAUGUAUAAACUAAAGUGAGUGGAUCUGCCUGUAUGUUCCUUUCUUUUCCAGUCAGUGUGGGUUCACGUCUGUUCUUCCCAGCCGGUCACAGGGCUUCCUCUCCUCGCCAGUACUGCCUGGUACCUCUCCGACACCGACCCACUGACACGGGCCCACACGCUUCUCCACGUCAGAGUGAGCUGACAUGGCGCCAUUCAGGAAAUUCUGGUUCAUGCUGACUCUUACCCAAAAAUGAUCCGGUACUGUGCUUUCUGAAACAGCACCAACACCUGAAACCGUUUUCCCUCUGAUCAACUGACCACCACUUCUUACACCCAGUAAAUAACAGUCCCCUUUAAUCCUUUGCAAACUGAGCAUCAGGUUGCCUUUUUGGCUCCUGCUUUUAUUAUCCCCUCGGACCUUAACUGUAACAUAUGAUUGGAGAAGAAAGGAAGGCUGAGGUGAUGUUAUCGCUCUCCUACACACGUUUCUACAAGGGGACAGUCACCCAGCUCCCUCAUGAUGUCCACCACCCACUCAGGUGCUGCUGCUGAGAGCCAAAGACUGGAAUUGGGGGCUGGGGUGGCAGUGGAGGGGCAGCAGACCAGCAGGGCACCCCUGAGAGAAGGUCAGAAGAUCAGGCAAUGCAGCUAGUGAACCUGAUUUCCUAAACAUUACACGUCAGGUCACUAGGCAAACUAGAAUAUCCAUAGCAGGUGGCCUGGCCGCUGUUUGGAGAAAGGACCCCAGGGAAAGUGAGUGCCCAGCUGGACAUCAGGACUCCUGGGUCCUUCUCCAGUUUUGAAAGUGUGCUGAGUGCUAACUCGGCGACAUCACCAGCACCGUGGGGCCAGCCUAAGAGCGAUCCUGCUGCAGAAUGAAACAGUUGAGACUUUUGCUGGAAAUCAAACUUCUUUAUUUGUGUAAAUGGCCUCUUUUUCUGUUAUCUUAAAAGAAAAGAUAACAAAGAACAUUCCAGAUCAGGCACCUCACAGCUUCCCAAGAUCCUAUAAUGUUCACUGAGGGACACUUUAAACAUGAGCAGGACAAGGCUCUUUCCAACCCCGAUGCUCCUCUGAGCCAGCAGCCCGUGUGCAGGUUGACGGUAGCUGCAAACUGGGGGUGAGGCGGAGGCGGGCAGGAGGGAGGGAGUCAGGAUGGAGGUGCUUUGCACCCAGGCAGUGGUGAGUGGGACCAGAAGCCCCGCACACAGGGCAGUGUCCACUGGUGGAAAACAUCUCCAGGGCACGGACCACCACCAGCACACCCUGCCCUCUGUGGAGCCCGCAAUUCCCUGAACACUACACAGAGAGUCUUAGAGGCAGAUCAGCUGACAUAGAAUGAAGCCUUUAGCCAGGAAGGUAACCAGGCAAAUGGGGUUCCAACUACUUCUAGUCCACGACCCCAACCCCACCCAACAGGGGCAGUACACCUGCCCCUUCCCCAGCCCCACCUUACAGGACAUCAUCCUGCCCUCAGCCCACAGCCGAACUCCACAGUGCCCUAGAGAAAAACUGGUGAAGGGGUGGCCUUCUGCAGCCUCUGCUGUUGAACCAAUGGUCAGCCUUCAUCUCCUAUGACCUCAUUUUCCUCGUAGGUGAGAUGGGUGAAUAAUACUUGUAAAAGAUAGUUCUUUGUGUUUUAGAGAAUCAUGGGCCCUUGUGGCAGUGAAGGCUCCAGAUAGGCCAGAGUGGAGGGUGCCCUGGGGCAUCCCCAGUAUGGUUUCUCCAUGGUCACCUAGCAGGGUCAGUCUGGGAAGCAGCUGGUCAUGCUACUCCAUGACUGAGGAGCCCAGUGGGACUCAUGUCUUUCAUGACAUCCCAGUGUUCCCACUGUUUUUCCAAACUGCCUGAAUGGUACGUCCCCUGGAGCACACCCUUCCUGAAACCCUCUCACCCCAUGCCUUUGCAUUGUGUGCUCUCAGAUUUCCUUCUAAAAUUCUGACACCCCCUCCCCCUUCAAGGGCUCCUUUUCUCCCCAGCAGAUAAUCCUAGCCAUCCUCCCCACCCCCACGGCCUGGGGGUAUGGCCACUGACUUCCUCUGCACUUUGCCACACAGGGGAAGUUUAGAUGGUUUUUCUUAGGACUUUGCCUCCCACCUUCCUGUGGCGCUUGCUGUGGAGAGUGCCUGGUGGCCCAGUGUGGCCUGUCUCACUUUGCCAGAUGUGACCCACUAACACCUGGCAGCUCUAACUCAGAGGCCCUUCAUGUGUUAUAGGAAAUCCAGAGCCAUAGAGAGGCUUCCUCCAUUGGCAGCCCAUUGGAUUAGAAAUUCCAUGUCGGGUUUACCUGGAAGGAAAGAUACUUGAAUAAUGGAGCGCCUGUGAGCGCCCAGCUUCUGUUACACAGUAGUAACAGGUGGCCAUUGUCAUGAAACGAGAGUGAUGCCUGAAGAUCUCGGUGAUGCUUGAGCCUUUUAUGUAACUUUUUAUUAAGUCUUUGUGUAUCUCAGCUCAUUAAUAAAGAAAAGAA